AUGUCGACAGAACAAGACUUGACUGCAGGUCCAGCGAGGCAGUCGCAUGACCCUCCCAUCUCCCGUCGAGGUCAAGUACGCCGUUCGAAGGCUGCCCGCCGACAUUACCGCCGACAUUUAGAGAAUGUCCAAAACCUACACAAACAGCUCGCAAAGUCAAGGGAAGGGUUAGUUAUCGAGCGAGUGGAUCUUCGGGGCAUACUGGAGGCCAUUCGUUUAUAUCGAGAGAGAGCUGGGAAUGACGAGGCUUCGUUUAUGACUAGCCUCAGGCAAUUUUGCGAGCAACAAGGCAUAUAUCUGCCGCCGGAUCUCCACGAAAAAUACCUGAAGGUUCAAGCAGCACGAGAUAUCAUUGGAAAACUUGAAGACGACUAUUCCGAAGCCCAGAAAGUAUUCAGUGCCUCAGAGUGGCGCUUCAUCGAAAAGGAAGACGACUUUUAUCAGUAUGACAUGCUGGAUUCCUUCCCAGAAGAUAGCGAUGAGAACGGUAACAGCGAGUUCUCGGACAGCGGGCCUACUACGCCACAUGCCAUCUCUCAACCAGCUGCUGAAGAUAUCACAGAGAGACUUACCCGCGACCUUAUCACUACUGCGAUGGAGAAGCGCCAGCUCGAAGAUCAGUUCAACGGCCUCCGGGAGCAAGAGAUGUUUCUCAUGGAUGACCAUAAACUACGGAUAAUCGCCGACUUUUCGACACCCCCGGAAAUAGAGAAGGAAAAGGACGGAAUUCAACGGCAAGCAAGCGUGGUCAUCGAGAAGCUCGUUGCUGUCGAUGUCAAAGAAAGAAAUCUGAAGCAAGAGCUGCUGAGUAGCAGUCGCCCUUCCCUUAUCAUUGGUCGCCGAGCCUCGGAUCCUUCGGGAUCGUCUACGAUGCCUUUACCAACUGCAAACAUUGAGACAAUAUCACGGGCGAAGACUGAAAGCAACCUAGCUAUGUAUGGGGACGAAAAUCCAAGCAACAGAAGAAGAGUCGGUCAGUGGCUACUUGAUACUAUGGACGCAUCUUCACUUGAGAAAGCUCGCUUCAAGGCUUUCCUCUCUGGCUUAUACAAUGAGGACCUUGACGAGUCCUCCUUUUGGCAGAUAAUGAUUCAGCGUUGGAAUGAUGAAACCUCUGGCAGUUCCGUCGCCCGGAGUGGAAGAGAUAGUCAGGUGUCGCACGUGAGUGCCGAAGAAAAUGGAUCUACAGCCGCAGGCAGAGAAAGGCCGAGCCCUUCUUCGAGUUCGAAACACACAGAAGCCACUUCGAGGCCGCCUGCCAUUGUUAAGCUUGCUCCUACACCACCCCAGAUAAAGUCGAAUGAAACACUUCCGGAUUCCGCGGGAAGCUCCGGCGAUACCGAUAGUCUCUAUAGAAAUGCUCGUCCCAGCAAUCAAGAGGAAACGGAGCCCCCUACACUGACACGAGAAGAUCAAUGCGUGCCAUCUCCGACACAUGAAGAAACUCCGACUCCGUCCUUAUCUCAUCCCUUGCAGGUAACUCUGCUGGAUAUGUCUCAAGUCAACCAAGAACCUAAUACCACACCAGCUCUUCCUUCUCCGCGCUUAGACUCGCAGGAAGUAGAUGGCAAAUCUAAGCCUACGCUAAAUCUUGACCCGAUUUACCUUGAACCCCCAAAUGAACAGACCCAGAAGCUCCGUAUCCAGCCUGAAAAAACCGAUGACCGGCCUCGAUCAGACCCAGGGGAUAUUGGAGACAUCAAAAUUGAUGUAAAUGAGUUCAAAUCUUUUGCGACUUUAAACCUGCCGUUCAGUGACCCUUUCAGACGAGCAGAAUAUAUGAGAACCCCUCCACCAGCGACCGCUGAGCCUUUCGGAAACAGCCACCAGCCGUGGACAUAUACACUGAAUGGACCCUCAGUGCCCAGUCCACCGCUCACGGUAGUUUCUACCUCUUCUCGCACGUUAGAAUUGUCAAGAUCCGCCUCGCCGAUGAACGAAAGUGGCGAGUCACAAGAAGUACGGAGAUCCUCUAGAGGAGAGCUGCCGCCUUCACCACAUCGAAGAUCACGUAGCGAAAGCAACACUGGGAGCAUAUACCCCCAAUCAAAUAGCCUACCAGUUCCCAAGAAAUUGCCUCCCGAAGGACCCGAUGGAGGACCUGAUCGUCACAAGAACAAAAAAUCACCGCGCUCUUGA